AUGGCGGCGGCCGUGGGGCAGGCGGCGGAGGCCUGCGUGGGGCAGGUGGUGCUGCCGGGGGAUGUGCUGCUCCUCCCCGGCCAUCCCGAUGAGGACGGGGAGAAGCUGCGGUUGGCCGGCGGCGCAGCCCCGCGGGGGCGGCUGCUCUGCGGACCGGGCCUGCGGAGGUGCGCGGCCGGGCUGCUGGUGACCAAGUGCGGGUUGCUGCGGCACCGGCAGGCGGGCGGAGCGGCGGCCGGGGGCGCGUACUGGGUGGACUCGCAGCAGAAGCGGUAUGUUCCUGUCAAGGGAGACCACGUAAUAGGAAUAGUAACGGCCAAAACGGGAGAUGUGUUUAAGCUGGACGUGGGUGGCAGCGAGCAGGCGUCUGUCUCCUACUUGGCCUUUGAAGGCGCCACGAAGAGGAACAGGCCGAAUGUGCAGGUGGGAGAUCUUAUUUAUGGUCAGUUCCUUGUGGCAAAUAAAGACAUGGAACCAGAGAUGGUCUGCAUAGAUGGCAGUGGAAGAUCAAAUGGAAUGGGAAUAAUUGGACAAGAUGGCUUCCUCUUUAAAGUUUCCUUAGGUCUCAUAAGAAAACUCCUGGCUCCCAAGUGUGAAAUAAUUCAGGAGUUGUCACAGUUGUACCCGUUUGAGCUGGUGCUGGGAAUGAAUGGAAGAAUAUGGGUAAAAGCAAAAACAAUUCAACAGACUUUAAUUCUAGUAAAUAUUUUGGAAGCCUGUGAGUAUAUGACUGCAGAGCAGAGGAAACAAGCACUUGCCAAAUUGUCAGGAAAUCGAUAAGAGAACCUUGAAGAUCUGAGGUGGCUGUAGUGUGUUUUGGUUAUUUUUGUAUUCAGAUCUGUAUUAAAAGCCUUCUUCUAAUGAA